GUGUGCUUGUAUCAAUACUGUUAUUUGACCUAGCACGUUUUGUUUACCGCAUAACCUGUACAGCGAGCGCGCGUGGAAGACAUCUCUCAGCAUUCGAGUGGAGUCAAGUGAAGCUCGGCGGCGUUGAUAUCCGAUAUCAACAAUUGUGAUACUUUGUGCAUAAUUGGUGUGAAGAGAGAGGAAAAAAAAUGCCACGACGCGCGGUGAUAUGUUUGUGUUUGUUGUUGGUACACGCGCUGCCGCCAUCUAAUGGCCAGCAAGUGGUCAGUGAUGGUGUGGAGGACGAACGUCAAGGACGAAAUCUAUUGGACUGGAUCGGGCUGGGGACGGGUGGAAACAACGAUCCGUACUUGUCCAGAGCAAACGCUGCCUGUUUGAAUGGAGAUCUUGCGGAAUGUUUUAAAUCCAGAGCUUUGAAUACGUUUGAUGAGUUUUUUGACGCUACAAAGGAUUCUGUUCAAUUAACUGAAAGUGCAAAAGUUGUCCGAAUGCCUGAUAAUCAACUGCGAGCCAUUGAACGUGAGCCGUUUGAGUUUUCUCAAAUGCCACGUGCCGAUGAACCCGAAUGGGACCAGCUGGUUAAAUUUGUAAUGCGUAAAGUGGAAAAAUUCAUGAAGUCAACAGCGUUGGAAAUUUCCGUUGAUAACGAAGUGACUGAACAUGGCAGAUAUACUCCGAGAUUCGUUGAUGAAAUCGCUGAUGAAAUUGACGUCAUUGAAGACAAGAGAGAUACUUUAUUCAAUCGUAAACAAUUGAAGAAACUCUUCAUCCCACUCCUGCUGGUAUUGAAAAUCUUCAAAUUAAAGCUACUGCUCUUUUUACCAUUGAUCCUGGGCUUGGCUUCAUUCAAGAAAUUUUUGGGUUUUCUCGCCAUCGUCAUCCCAGGCGCAAUCGCCUACUUUAAACUCUGUAAACCAGAUUUCCAGUCGGCGUUCGGCGGUUUCCCACACCAUCAAGUCCCACAGUACUCCCCGGCCGGGAUCGGCUUCCACCCGCAUCACUUCCGUGAAAAUUCCUACGCGCAUACAGAAUACCCAAGUGUGCCGGAUUACGCUGGACUCUACGAGGGUGGUCACUACGCGAGCAGCGGUUAUCAUAAUAAAGGAGGCGGCGGCGGCGGAUUUGCGUUCAAGGACAGUUCCGCACAGAACCUCGCUUACUCUGGAUAUCAACGCAGCAACGAGAAGGACAUCCAAGCCGUCGAGACCACAAGCAAGAAGUCCAUCUUACCCAGCUCCAAGUAAACUGAUUGCUUCUGGCGUCGUCUCUUUGAUUAACUCGUUGAACCGCCCCCUCGAGGGCAGCUUUAUGCACGUAGAUUGUUUGUGCAUGGAGUUAACAUCUGCUUCUCUUCUAUGUUAAUGCCUAAGUGCCAACUCUGACUGACAGUCGAAGGUUACCCGAAUAUGCUUUGUACAUGUUUUUAUUUAUAUUCAUUUUCAUUUAUUUAAAUAUUUAAUUAACUUUAUGUGAUA